GGAGCUGGGGAAUCCCCGAGUGUCUCGGCCCUCCGCAGGACCCACAGCGGGCUGGGGCCUGGGGGUCUCUUCCCAACGUCUGGACCCGCCAAACUCUGGCCGCCGAGGAGAGAAGGGGGUCCCCAGUGAGUCAGAGGCAGGAAGCUUCCGGCCGUGGAACGACCCCAGCCCUCAGCAGGAGAUCCAGGGAACUUGGCGCGUGCCCCAGUCUGCGGAGCGUCCCAGGCGGAGGCUACACCGAUCCCGCUGGGAGCGAGGCGAUGGCGGGAAAAGAGGGGCAUCCUCGGCGGGAGCCUGAGCCAGUGGAAGACUGUGUGCAGAGCACUCUUGCUGCCUUGUACCCACCCUUCGAGGCAACAGCGCCCACACUGUUGGGCCAGGUGUUCCAGGUUGUGGAGAGGACUUACCGGGAGGAUGCACUGAGGUAUACACUGGACUUCCUGGUUCCAGCCAAGCACCUGCUUGCCAAGGUCCAGCAGGAAGCCUGUGCCCAGUACAGUGGAUUCCUCUUCUUCCAUGAGGGCUGGCCCCUCUGCCUGCACGAGCAGGUGGUGGUGCAGCUAGCAGCCCUACCCUGGCAGCUACUGCGCCCGGGAGAUUUCUACCUGCAAGUGGUACCCUCAGCAGCCCAGGCGCCCCGUCUGGCACUCAAGUGUCUGGCCCCAGGGGGUGGGCGGGUGCAGGAGCUGCCCGUGCCUAAUGAGGCCUGUGCCUACCUGUUCACACCUGAGUGGCUCCAAGGCAUCAACAAGGACCGGCCCACAGGUCGCCUCAGUACCUGCCUGCUGUCUGCGCCCUCUGGGAUUCAGCGGCUGCCCUGGGCUGAGCUCAUAUGCCCACGGUUUGUACACAAAGGAGGCCUCAUGGUUGGACAUCGGCCGAGCACGCUGCCCCCAGAACUGCCUUCUGGACCUCCAGGGCUUCCCAGCCCUCCCCUGCCUGAGGAGGCACUGGGCACGCGGAGUCCCGGGGAUGGGCACAACGCCCCUGCUGAAGGGCCCGAGGGCGAGUACGUGGAGCUGGUGGAGGUGACGCUGCCCGUGCGCGGGAGUCCCCCCGAUGCCGAGGGCUCCUCGGGCCUCUCCAGGACCAGGACAGUCCCCACCCGCAAGGGCGCAGGGGGGAAAGGCCGGCACCGCAGACAUCGGGCGUGGAUGCACCAGAAGGGCUUGGGACUAAGGGACCAGGCUGGGGCACGCCCACCCGGUGAGGGGAGCAGCACCCGAGCCUCCCCAGGGUCUCCCCCUGGACCCGAGUCUCUCCCAGAAGCAGCGGUUGUAGAAGCGUUGGAGCCCCCCGCUGAGGCCCUGGGGGAAGCCUCUGAAUCUUGCCCCCCGAUGCCAGGGGAGGCUGGGGGAGGAGCCGGCCAGGGGGCUGAAGGACCACCUGGCACCCCUCGGAGAACAGGCAAAGGCAACAGGAGAAAGAAGCGAGCUGCAGGCAGAGGUGUUCUUAGCCGAGGAGGGGACAGUGCCCCACUGAGCCCUGGAGAUAAGGAAGAGGCCAGCCCCCAGGACGCCCUGGCCCGUGUGCCUGCAGCAAAUGAGCAGGAGCCUGCAGAACACAGCUUGGGAAAGGACGAGCCCGAAGGCUCUGGCAAGUCUGAAUCUGAGCCAAAAGAGGAGCUCACGCCUGCGGAUGAAAAGGAGCCUCGGCCCCCAGAGGCCUGUGGGCCUACGGAAGCGGAAGCCCGAGAGAACGAGCAGGAGGGGCUGGGCCCGGUGUGUCUGGCAGGACCCGCAGGCCCAGAAGAGCUCCUGUCUGACCCUCUGCCACCGCCCCUAGAGACUGUGCAGGAAGUCAAAGGGGACAGCAGCCCAGAAGAGGCUCCUCCGCUCUCUGUCUCUGAUGACCCUGACAUAGCCUGGGACUUGAUGGCAUCUGGCUUCCUCAUCCUGACUGGAGGGGUGGACCAGAGUGGGCGAGCUCUACUGACCAUUACCCCACCGUGCCCUCCUGCGGAGCCCCCACCCUCCCGAGACACGCUGGGCACUGCUCUUCAUUACCUGCACUCACUGCUCAGGCCUGAUCUACAGAGACUGGGGCUGUCUGUCCUGCUGGACCUUCGCAAAGCACCCUCACUGCCUCCGGCACUUACUCCUGUCCUGAGUCAGCUUCAGGACUCAGGAGACCCUCCCCUCAUCCAGCGGCUGCUGAUUCUCACUCCUGAUGAAGCUCCCACUGAACUUGGUGGACUUCAGGGUGCGGAGUUGCUGUCAGAGAAUGAUCUGAAAAGGGUGGCCAGGCCAGAAGAGCUGCAGUGGGACUUAGGAGGUCACAGGGACCCCUCUCCCAGCCACUGGGUGGAGAUUCAUCAGGAAGUGGCAAGACUGUGCCGCCUGUGCAGAGGCGUGCUGGCCUCUAUACGGCAGGCCAUUGAGGAGCUGGAAGGAGCUGCAGAGCCCGAGGGAGAGGAGGCAGUGGGGAUGCCCGAGCCCCUGCAGAAGGUGCUGGCGGAUCCACGGCUGACGGCGCUGCAGAGGGAUGGUGGGGCCAUCCUGAUGAGGCUGCGCUCUACCCACAGCUGCAAGCUGGAGGGCCCGGGCCCAGCCAUGCUCUAUCAGGAGGUGGACGAGGCCAUUCACCAGCUCGUGCGCCUGUCCAACCUGCAUGUGCAGCAGCAGGAGCAGCGGCAGCGCCUGCACCGACUGCAGCAGGUGUUACAGUGGCUCUCAGGCCCUGGGGAGGAGCAGCUGGCCAUCUUCGCUGUGCCUGGGGACUCCCUGAUCGCCCUGCAGGAGACUGAGCUGCGAUUCCGGGCUUUCAGCAGUGAGGUUCAGGAGCACCUGGCCCAGGCACGGGAGGCCCUGGCCGUGGAGGAGGACGCCGCUUCCCAGAAGGUUCUGGAUGUCUUUGAGCAGCGGCUGGAGCAGGUGGAGAGUGGUCUCCAUCGGGCCCUGAGGCUGCAGCGCUUCUUCCAGCAGGCACACGAGUGGGUGGACGAGGGCUCGGCAAGGCUGGCAGGAGCGGGCUCAGGUCGAGAGGCCGUGCUGGCAGCCCUGGCCUUGCGACGGGCCCCAGAGCCCAGCGCUGGCACCUUCCAGGAGAUGCGGGCCCUGGCCCUGGACCUGGGCAGCCCAGCAGCGCUGCGAGAAUGGGGCCGCUGCCGGGCUCGCUGCCAGGAGCUGGAGCGGAGGAUUCAGCAACAGCUGGGAGAAGAGGCGAGUCCUCGCAGCCACCGGCGACGGCGGGCGGACAGUGCCAGCAGCGGGGGCGCCCAUCGGGGGCCCCACAGCCCCUCGCCCAGCCUCAGCUCUCUGCUGCUCCCUGGGAGCCCUGGGCCACGGGCAGCCCCAUCCCACUGCUCCCUGGCCCCGUGUGGGGAGGACUGUGCAGAGGAGGGCCCUGAGCUGGCCCCAGACGCCGAGGGCAGGCCCCCGAGGGCCGUGCUGAUCCGAGGCCUGGAGGUCACCAGCACCGAGGUGGUAGACAGGACGUGCUCUCCGCGGGAACAUGUGCUCCUGGGCCGGGCCGGGGGCCCAGACGGGCCCUGGGGAGGAGGCACCCCUCGGAUGGAACGCAAGAGAAGCAUCAGUGCCCAGCAGCGCCUGGUGUCCGAGCUGAUUGCCUGUGAGCAGGAGUACGUGGCCGUGCUGAGUGAGCCAGUGCCAGCUCCCGGGCCUGAGCUGACCCCUGAGCUGCGGGGCACCUGGGCUGCCGCGCUCAGUGUCCGGGAGAGGCUCCGCAGCUUCCACCGCACCCACUUUCUGAGGGAGCUUCAGGGCUGUGCUGCCCACCCCCUGCGCAUCGGAGCCUGCUUCCUUCGUCAUGGGGACCAGUUCAGCCUGUACGCCCAGUACGUGAAGCACCGGCACAAACUGGAGAGUGGCCUGGCUCUGCUCAGCCCCCCGACCAAGGGCUCCAUGGAGGGAGGCCCUGCCCUGCCCCGGGCCCUGCAGCAGCCCCUGGAGCAGCUGGCUCGGUACGGGCGGCUCCUGGAAGAGCUCCUGAGGGAAGCUGGGCCUGAGCUGAGUUCUGAGCGCCAGGCCCUUGGGGCUGCCGUGCAGCUGCUCCGGGAGCAAGAGGUCCGCGGCAGAGACCUGCUGGCCGUGGAGGCAGUACGAGGCUGUGAGAUAGACCUGAAGGAGCAGGGCCAGCUCUUGCAUCGGGAUCCCUUCACUGUCAUCUGUGGCCGAAAGAAGUGCCUGCGCCACGUCUUCCUCUUUGAGCAUCUCCUCCUGUUCAGCAAACUCAAAGGCCCUGAGGGCGGCUCCGAGACCUUCGUUUACAAACAAGCCUUUAAGACUGCAGACAUGGGGCUGACAGAAAACAUCGGGGACAGCGGACUCUGCUUUGAACUGUGGUUUCGGCGGCGGCGUGCACGAGAGGCGUACACGCUGCAGGCAUCCUCACCCGAGAUCAAACUCAAGUGGACAAGUUCUAUUGCCCAGCUGCUGUGGAGACAGGCAGCCCACAACAAGGAGCUCCGAGUGCAGCAGAUGGUCUCCAUGGGCAUUGGGAACAAACCCUUCCUGGACAUCAAAGCUCUGGGGGAGCGGACACUGAGCGCCCUGCUCACGGGAAGAGCCGCCCGCACCCGGGCCUCCGUGGCCGUGUCAUCCUUUGAGCAUGCCGGCCCCUCCCUCCCCGGCCUCUCGCCGGGAGCCUGCUCCCUGCCCGCCCGCGUCGAGGAGGAGGCCUGGGAUCUGGACGUCAAGCAAAUUUCCCUGGCUUCCCCUCCAGCCCCAGAAACACUUGACUCUUCCGGAGAUGUGUCCCCAGGACCAAGGAACAGCCCCGGCCUGCAACCCCCCCACCCCGGGAGCAGCACUCCCACCCUGGCCAGUGGCGGGAUCUUAGGGCUAUCCCGGCAGAGUCACGCCCGAGCCCUGAGCGACCCCACCACGCCUCUGUGACUUGGAGAUGUCCAGAGCCUGCCUGCAGCCCCUGCUCUCGGCACACUGUGGGCCAGGAAGGCGGUGGGACCCGAGGGAGGGCUGGAAGAGCACACGGUUCCUUCCCUGUGCUUCGGGACAGAGAGGAGGCCUGUGGACCACUGCUUUCCCCUGCCACGCUGCCUCUAGCUCUCCCAGCUCAGUGCCUUCUCCCGCAGCAACCAGAGUGACCACACCUGCUUGCCUUCAUACCCUGGAGCUGGGAUGGUAUCAGGACGCUACAUACCCCCAGGACACUGCUCCCCGGCCGGCCUGUGUUCUCUUACCCAUGGGAACUCACAUCUGCCAAUCACCUGGAGUUCCUGCUGACUCCAUUCUGGGGAGUCACAGGACAUGGAGCUAUGCAAACCAUUAUAGGAGGGUGGGGUGGGACUGGCAGACUUUAUAUAUGUAAUUACUAUUAUUAUGAUACUGUUGUGACAUUAAAUGUAUUUACUCA